ACAGAUGGGUUCCGGCCCCGCGCGGGGACAUCAGGAGAGCUGCGGCUGAAGAGAAUCGCAGGACCUGUUUUGGUGAAGACUUCUAAUCUCUGUCUUUUGGAAGACAUGAAUGGAGAGCAAAGAGGCAGAGGAUUUGGACGAGGAAGAUUUCAAAGCUGGAAAAGAGGAAGAAGUGGUGGAAACUUUUCAGGAAAAUGGAGAGAAAGAGAACACAGACCUAACUUGAGUAAAACCGUGGGAAAACAUAAUUCUGAACAAACCCCACAGUCUUUGCUACAUCAGUCAACAUUGGAUCAAAGCAUACCAUAUAAAGGCUGGAAGCUUUAUUUUUCUGAAGUUUACAGCAGUAGCUCUCCUUUUAUUGAGAAGAUUCAAGCAUUUGAAAAAUUUUUCACAAGGCAUAUUGAUUUCUAUGACAAGGAUGAAAUAGAAAGAAAGGGAAGUAUUUUGGUGGAUUUUAAAGAACUAACAAAAGAUGAUGAAAUAACUAACUUGAUACCAAAUAUAGCAAAUGAACUAAGAGAUGCUCCUGAGGAAACCUUGGCUUGCAUGGGUUUGGCAAUACAUCAGGUAUUAACUAAGGACCUUGAAACGCAUGCAGCUGAAUUACAAGCCCAGGAAGGAUUGUCUACUGAUGGAGAAACAAUGGUAAAUGUGCCACACAUUCAUGCAAGGGUAUACAACUAUGAACCUUUGACACAGCUCAAGAACGUCCGAGCAAAUUAUUAUGGAAAAUACAUUGCUCUAAGAGGAACAGUGGUUCGUGUCAGUAAUAUAAAGCCUCUUUGCACCAAGAUGGCUUUUCUUUGUGCUGCAUGUGGAGAAGUUCAGAGUCUUUCCCUUCCAGAUGGAAAAUAUACUCUUCCCACAAAGUGUCCUGUGCCUGCGUGUCGAGGGAAGUCAUUUACCGCUCUCCGCAGCUCUCCUCUCACAGUUACGAUGGACUGGCAGUCAGUCAAAAUCCAGGAGCUGAUGUCUGAUGAUCAACGAGAAGCAGGUCGAAUUCCACGAACAAUAGAAUGUGAGCUUGUACAUGAUCUUGUGGAUAGCUGUGUCCCAGGAGACACGGUGACUGUUACUGGAAUUGUCAAAGUCUCAAAUGCUGAAGAAGGUUCUCGAAAUAAGAACGACAAGUGCAUGUUCCUUUUGUACAUUGAAGCAAAUUCUAUUUGCAAUAGUAAAGGACAGAAAACAAAAACUUCUGAGGAUGGGUGUAAGCAUGGAACACUGAUGGAGUUCUCACUUAAAGACCUUUAUGCCAUCCAAGAGAUUCAGGCUGAAGAAAACCUGUUUAAACUCAUUGUCAAGUAUUCAUCUUUAUGUUUUUCUUACUUCUGUUUCCCACCCCCUUCUUUCUCACUUGAGCUUGUUAAAGCAGGUUUGGCAUUAGCACUCUUUGGAGGAAGCCAGAAAUAUGCAGAUGACAAAAACAGAAUUCCAAUUCGAGGAGACCCACACAUCCUUGUUGUUGGAGAUCCAGGCUUAGGAAAGAGUCAGAUGCUACAGGCAGUAUGCAAUGUUGCUCCACGGGGUGUGUACGUUUGUGGUAAUACCACAACCACCUCUGGUCUGACUGUAACUCUUUCAAAAGAUAGUUGCUGUGGAGAUUUUGCUUUGGAAGCUGGUGCCCUAGUACUUGGUGAUCAAGGUAUUUGUGGAAUAGAUGAAUUUGAUAAGAUGGGGAAUCAGCAUCAAGCCUUGUUAGAAGCCAUGGAACAGCAAAGUAUUAGUCUUGCUAAGGCUGGCGUGGUUUGCAGCCUUCCUGCAAGAACUUCCAUUAUUGCUGCUGCAAAUCCAGUAGGAGGACACUAUAAUAAAGCCAAAACAGUUUCUGAGAAUUUAAAAAUGGGGAGUGCCCUACUCUCCAGAUUUGAUUUGGUCUUUAUCCUGUUAGACACCCCAAAUGAGCAUCAUGAUCACUUACUCUCUGAACAUGUGAUUGCAAUAAGAGCUGGAAAGCAAAGAACUGUUAGCAGUGCUACGGUAGCUCGUAUGAAUAGUCAAGACUCAAAUACUUCUAUACUUGAAGUGGUUUCUGAGAAACCGUUAUCAGAAAGGCUAAAGGUGGUUCCUGGAGAAACAAUAGAUCCCAUUCCCCACCAGUUGCUGAGAAAGUACAUUGGCUAUGCUCGACAGUAUGUCUACCCAAGACUAUCCACAGAAGCAGCACAAGUUCUUCAAGAUUUUUACCUGGAGCUCCGGAAACAGAGUCAACGGUUAAAUAGCUCACCAAUCACCACAAGGCAGCUAGAAUCUUUGAUUCGUCUGACAGAGGCACGAGCAAGGUUGGAAUUGAGAGAGGAAGCAACCAAAGAAGAUGCUGAGGAUAUAGUUGAAAUUAUGAAAUAUAGCAUGCUAGGAACUUACUCUGAUGAAUUUGGGAACCUAGAUUUUGAGCGAUCCCAGCAUGGUUCUGGAAUGAGCAACAGGUCAUCAGCAAAAAGAUUUAUUUCUGCUCUCAACAACAUUGCUGAAAGAACUUAUAAUAAUUUAUUUCAAUUUCAUCAACUUCGGCAGAUUGCCAAAGAGCUCAACAUUCAGGUUGCUGAUUUUGAACACUUUAUUGGAUCACUAAAUGACCAAGGUUACCUCUUGAAAAAAGGCCCAAAGGUUUUCCAGCUUCAAACUAUGUAAAAGGACUUUACCAAGUCAGAUCCUCCGGGUUUAUCAGCAGUUUAAAGCCAUCACAAUAAGGAAGAUAUGUUUCCAAGCACA